AUGUUGGAUCAAAGAUUCUUUCCCCUAAUUGUAAUUUUAACCUUUGCGGUAACCAUGGUGCAGUGCGAGCUGCCGUGUUAUCUGACCGGACAAACCCCUCUUCCUAAGGACGUCAUACCGCCCCAAGAUGUGACAUGUCUGCAAACGAAAAUUUUUCUCGAUAUUCCAGACGUCACGAUUGACAACAAGAAAUAUUCGGAGAUCGACUUCAAAACUCAAGGUAAAGAUCUUACCGCGGCUGGAUUUGCUUUGGCCACAUUCACUGCUGGCGGUGAUAAUACUGCGGAGUCGUUGGGAACUGCCGGCAAGUUAUACACGGCUGUUAAUGCAGCAUUGAGAGACAGGGGCAACAAAUCCAUUUUAAAUAAGUUGAAAGUGGUUGACUUUUUCAUCGCAAGCCAAAUCGCUGCGCUUAAGGGACAAGAAGGAAAGAAAGGGCAGAUACGAAAUCUCAAUAAGGCGAUCAAGAACUGCGGCCGCUGCACAGAUGAAGAGCGCCAGAAACUAGAAGAUAUGGUCAGCGCAGCACAAACACUUUGA